CUUUGGUCGCACGUUUGUUUACGCUGCGCUGGAAUUUCCUUUGUCCUCCCCGCAUUUCGAUAUCUGCAUAUAUUCCUUUUGUAUGUGUAUAUAUGCAAGCGCCACUUAAUAGACGGACUGUUGCAUAAGUUUUAUCGAUAUCAUUUGUGCUACUUGAAUUUAUAAAAAAAAAUAAUACUUGGUUGCCACGCCACAGCUCAAGACACUAUGGCUGCGGAUGAGGAGUCAACCUCUAGAGUCCACCCGGUCGACUCUCGAGGUGUCUCGGAGGGCGAAGCGGGUAUCGGAGCAGACAAUACUGGAUCCACGCCGGUCAAUGUUCGCCUUGAGGUGCCUGAAGAGAGCCAGCAACCCGCCCCUAAAGAUGACGAUGGUAUGACCGGAGGCCGCAGCGUUGGCAAAAUCGUCCUGAUUAUGGGGGCACUCUGCAUGGCAGUCUUCCUUGCUGCGUUGGACACGACCAUCGUCACAACGGCUCUUCCCACGAUUACACAACACUUUCACUCCUCCGCAGCGUAUACAUGGGUUGGUUCAGCAUAUUUGCUUGCUAAUGCAGCAUCGACUCCAUCUUGGGGCAAGUUCAGCGACAUUUUCGGUCGGAAGCCUGUCUUGCUGGUAGCAAACGUUGUCUUCAUGAUUGGUUCCCUCAUCACCGCUCUCUCCGUGAAUGUGAGCAUGUUGAUUGUGGGACGGGCAAUCCAGGGCGUUGGUGGAGGAGGACUUAUCAUUUUAGUGAACAUUUGCAUUAGUGAUUUGUUCAGUAUGAGGCAUCGCGGCGCUUACUUUGGAAUGAUUGGUAUGGUUUGGGCCUUGGCCAGCGCCCUCGGCCCCGUUCUAGGUGGAGUCUUCACCGAAAAGGUAUCUUGGCGUUGGUGCUUCUACAUCAAUUUGCCCUUGGACGGAGCUGCUUUUAUCAUCAUUUUCCUUUUCCUCGAUAUUCACACUCCCAAGACCCCGUUCCUUGCUGGCCUCAAGGCUAUCGACUGGUUGGGCUCUCUGAGUAUCAUUGGCGGAACGCUCAUGUUCCUUCUUGGUCUCGAGUUUGGCGGCGUGACGUUUCCAUGGUCUUCCGCCACUGUCAUUUGUUUGAUAGUGUUUGGUCUCGUGGUCGCCGUAUUCUUCGUUUUGAACGAAUGGAAAUUGGCCAAGUAUCCGGUCAUGCCUGUGCGGCUUUUCAAGCACCGUUCCAACGUUGCUGCACUUUGCGUCUGCUUCGUCCAUGGCAUGGUUUUUAUCUCGGCCUCCUACUAUCUCCCCAUGUAUUUCCAGGCAGUGAAGAAUGCGACUCCGCUCAUGUCCGGUGUUGAAAUCCUUCCAAUUGCGGUUUCGCUUUCUCUCGUCUCAGCUGCCACGGGUAUCUUCAUUCGCAAAACAGGUCGCUACCGAGAGCCAAUCUGGUUUGGAAUGACGCUCAUCACCCUGGGAUGGGGUCUCAUUAUCAACAUCGACGCCGGCAGCAACUGGGCAAAAUUAGUUUUGUAUCAAAUUGUCGCCGGUAUUGGUGUGGGCCCCAACUUCCAGUCACCUUUAAUUGCGCUCCAGUCGUUGGUGGAAAAGAAAGACAUUGCAGUCGCAACCGCGACUUUUGGAUUCACUCGAAACCUGGCGACUUCCAUCUCCGUCGUCAUUGGCGGUGUCGUCUUCCAAAACCGUAUGAAAUCACAUGCUGACGAGCUGAGUCGAGUUCUCGGACCAGAGCUCGCGGCCAAACUCAGUGGUGGAGACGCUGGUGCCAACGUUCUGAUUGUGGAUCAGUUGCAUGGUGCCCAGCGCGACGUCGCUCGGCAUGCUUUUGCGAGCAGUCUUCAAUCUCUAUGGAUUAUGUACACCUGCUUUGCUGCCUUUGGUCUCUUGAUCAGUUUCCUCAUCACCGAACAAAAGCUCAGCAAAGAGCACAAGGAAACCGAGACUGGUCUGCAUGUUGAGGAAGCAAAGAGACGAGAGACUCUUGCAGCACAGGCCGAUCAGCGAGCACAUUCGAUUUCGGAAGCCGAAAAGGAUAAGGAGCAGGUCUAAUUAUUCUUCAUCCGGCCAGCUCUUUCGUAAAAGAGCACGUCAUUCCGACCUUUUUAAUUUUUAUAGUGCCGUGCCCAGGUUUUGGCAUGUGCUCAGCGACAUUUGAUUUACAAAUUUGAUCAGUUGCAA